GACAUGGACUGGGCACAGAUGGCAAAGAGUGCAAUGCAGCAAACUGCCGUAUUCUACAUGGGCCUCAAACUGCUGGACAAGAUCUGCACUACACUGAGGAGCCACGGCGCACCAGACGAGACGCCCAUGAUGUUGGUUGAGUCCGCCACGUCUCCGCUGGAGAAGUCGCUGCAUAGCACAUUGGCUGAGAUGCCUGCAGAAGUCGAAAAGCAGCAGGCCUGCUUAGAUUUUGCAGUUUCAGAGAGUCGGCUGUGUCAUCAACUGUCGCAGAAAAGACCCGACACCGCAGAGUAG